AUGGAAGCAAAGAAAACAACUAUCACAAAUCAUACAGAUGGUACCAAUAGAUUUAAAACGCCUUCAAUUCGAAUCAUAAAUCCUCUUACACAGAAUAGGACUAAUGGUAACUCUUUGUUAUCGGUCAAAUUUAAUACCAUCAACAACAGCACUAGUAUUGCAAAUAGUACAACACCUUUGAGAAAUAGAAACAAAGUUAAAUUGAAACCUGGACAUAGCCCCCUAGAUUGGAAUCAUAUAGUUACCACGAAAGGCAUAAAUGGUGAGUUAAUAACAGGGUUAUCUCAAUUAAAAGAAGAUUCCGCCUUUCUUCAGUUGAACUCAAAAACUUCUAUACAUCAGUUGAACCUCAGCAUACCACCAUAUAAAAUUAAACCACAUUUAAAGAUAAACAAAGAAAUUCUACAAAGGCAUCAAAAAUGGAUCAGUACAGAUGAUAAAACUUCAACUGAUAAUGACUAUUGGUGUGUAAUUGAUGGAAAUGUUUAUUGUUUAACUGAGUAUUUAGAUUUUCACCCAGGUGGGAUAGAUAUUAUUACUUCGUUAAAGGAUAAAGAUCUUUUACCUUGGUUUAACAAACAUCAUAGGUGGAUUUCAUACGAAAAAUUAUUACAAACGUGUUUUGUUGGAAUAUAUGUGGAAGAGAAAUAUGUAUAA